AUGGCUGCAAAUGAUGAUGAUGAACCGUUCGAAGGUCAAUUUUCGAUUUACUACGAUGAGGAAGAAGCAAGAAAACGUGCCAAGAAAAAUGAUAUCAAGCACAUGGUCUUUAAUCGUGUAUCAUCAGUAGUGAUCUAUUAUUCACAUAGUCGUGUUAGUGAAUAUCCACUGCAUCAUGUUGGUUAUUUGGGUCGUGAUUUACUUUUCGUCGUGUCAACUGUUUGUGCCUUGCUUGGAAAUGGUCCUGAUAAAGGUGAUUUUAUUGUUCGUGCAGCUGUAUCAGACGUACGUCACAAUCGAAAUCAUGACCAACUUGGUCAAUUCUACGUUACCAUUCGACAAUAA